GUCGGGCUGGCGCACAACAAGCGCAAAAACUUCUACAUGAACUUGAACGAAACCUUUUCCAUGGACACGUUGGUUGGACAUCUCAUUGCCAAUAAUAUUACUUACAGGCCUGUGCACAUCCUCAAGGUAGACAUUGAAGGCGACGAGUGGGAAGUAUUUGAACAUCUGGCGAAGGAACCGAUUUUGGAUAUCGUAGGACAGAUUGCUGUUGAGGUCCACGUUGAGGAGAUCUUGAAACUACGGACUGAGGAGAUCUUCGGCUAUCUCAAAGACGUUACGACAUUUGAGAUCUCUCGAGACCCGUGGUUCCUCCCGUGGCUUACUGGGACAACAUACAACUGGACAGCCGGUACCCACGCCCCUGAAGGCAGCCAGCACGACGUCUGCGGGGAACUGCUCUACGUGAACACCAAAUGGUACAACGACACCUUCAAGAGAACACUGAGGGAGAGUGGGAUACCGGUGAAGCUGAACGCCGUGACGUGA